GACAGACACAAGAGAGAGACACAAGAAAAAGUUAAAAGGAAGAGUAAGUGGACAAAACAUUUGGAGGAGAGAGACUGUGUCCUCUCUCGUCUCCACUGUAUCUCUGGAGGGAGCUAUGGCGGAUAACAGCACUCAUCCUAUUGUGGAGAUACUGGAGUCCUUCGGAUUGAGGGAUGUGAUUCUGGCCUUCUGUCUUUCUAUGGUUGUUGGUCUUCUGCUGGGAGCUGUGGUCUAUAUGAUCUUGACCUGGAUGUCACGUCGACGGGCAUCAGCCACCAUCACACGUGUACCCAUCCACCAGUCCCGCUCAACCGCACGUUCUUCCUCGCCACGCUCUCGGGCAGGCUACAGUCGACACAGCAGUGCCUACGACCGACGCAGCAACAACAGUCUGGCCAGCGCUGCCUUCUCCUUCCAUCGGCAAACCUCAUCCUCACCUAUAGACUAUGGUGACUCACCAGGCCGCAAGUCAAGCUUCCGGGCCUCUACUUUUCAUCCUCUCCUCCAGUGCAGCCAGAUUGCUCGUGAGGCAGAAGAGGGUGCCCAGAACAGCCUGCCACGGACCCCGACUCUAACUACCAGCCCUGGGGCGGCUGGAUCCACCAGCACUGUCAGUUCAAUGGUCACUCCACCCCGGGCCAGAACCAGGCCAGAUUCCUUCUGGGGAAACAGCAAUCUAAGAGGCUUUCAUGCUGGCCAAACUCCACCACCUGCCUAUGAGAGCAUCAUACGAGCUUAUCAGGAGACGACCACGUGAAGGAAGGGGAGAUGGUACAGUGAUGGAGGAAGAUAAUUGUAUUAAUAGACAUGGACUAGAAAUUUGGACAGCUGAAAGCAAUAUGGAUGUCCUACACUUUAAACUGACAUGGCCAGUUUUUUAUGUGUGUGUAUAUGUGCAUAUUUCUGUUUGUAUUCUUUUAAAAAUAAAAGUUCUUUAUUGGCAUCUAUGGUUCCAUGAGGAACCAUAUUCAUGGAAUCUUCCAUAGUUUAUAGCGGGAAAAAAAGGUUCUUUAGUUGAUUAAAAUAUUCUUCCCACCAAGUAGAAAAUUGUUCUUUUAAGAACUGUUCCAUGAAAGGUUCUCUUGGAAACCAAAAAAAAGAAUGUUCUUUUUUUUUUCUUUUAAUUUGUUCUGUGGCAUCACUGCAAAAAUCUCUUUUUGGAAUCAAUCUCAAAUACUAUUUAGAGAAUGCUUGAAAGAGAGAGGACUUUUUGGUUUCUACAGGUCUCAUUUACUAAUUUAGUAAAGACAAAAUACCAAUAUUUUGCAAAGAGAGAAUAUGUUUGUGUAGAGUGAGAGAGAAAGAUUAGAAAACGUGAUAAACAGAGAGAGAGAUAAAGUAAGAGAUACUGAAGGUCACAAUAAGCAUGAGAGCAUUACUGAUGUCUAUUGCAGAUUCCUAGACAAGCAGUUAUUGCAAACACUAAUUUAAAAUCUUUUAGCAAACUCAUUAGAUUGUGUAUUUAUUGGUUUGUUUUCUGUGAACUCUAGACUUUUGGAAUCAUUGUAAGUAUUUCUCAACACAAUUAUACUCAAAAAUAAACUGACACAAUGCAUUUUGUAAUACCUUUUCGCAUCUGCAUGUUUUAACUACACAAAAUUCCUGCAUCUUAAUAGAAAGCCUUAUACACGAACCAUAAAAUGGACAUAGCUCACUCAGAAUUUUAAUUCUGUCAUUAUUUACCCUCCUUUAUGUCACCAUCAUACUGUAGUAUGAUGAAGUUCCACAGAAGAAAGUCAGUCAAACAGGUUUGAAACAUAAAUAAUGACAUUAUUUUUUACUUCUGGGUGAACUAUCCUUUUAAUGUGUCAAUUUUAGAGAGUCAGGCAUGUGCAUUAUAUAUCAUUGAAAACUGAGAAAUGAACAGACAAAGGACAAAGGUGUUUUAAGAGGGUUUAGAGCACACACAUCCUGGAAGUGACCUGGCAUCCUUCACACCCACUGGUGAGUGAAUUCCCCUGACAAGAGGAAGGAAUUGUCUCAACAGGUUGAAAUGUAUACUAAGAAUUCCUU